AUUGGUUAAAUCUUCUGGACACGCCCCCAACCUCAAUGUGACGGUUUUUUUGUGGGUUCUGCGAAAUGCAGGCUUGAACAAUACGUUGGUAAAUAAUAUGUCAAAAUAGUUCCCUGUCUGUGAUUAUCGCCUUAAUUAUGACUGAAACUGAACUGGUUCUGGCAAGCCAACAUGUCACCUGUGAUAAAACACCAGUUCAGCUGCUUUAUGAGUAUGGCACAAAAACUGGCAGUGAGCCUUUUUACAUGAUGGAGAGAGCAGACGGAGAAGCUCACCAACCGCUCUUCAUCUUUAGUGUUACCAUUGGGGACGUCAUCUGUUCAGGCCAGGGGCUUUCUAAAAAAGCUGCCAAACAGGAGGCUGCGAUGGCGGCUAUGAAAACACUGGAGUUAGACGUUGAAAAUAGCCCUAAAGGUCAAAGGAUUGAAAAUAAUGACUGUGGUGCUGAAGCAAACGACCAGCCUAAUCCAGUAGGAAUACUGCAGGAGCUGGCGAUGCAGAGGUCAUGGCGUCUGCCAGAAUACAUUGUAUGUUCAGAAGCAGGUCCAGAUCAUAAAAAAGAGUUUACAGUUAUUUGCCGUUUGGAGACGCUCUCAGAAAAAGGUACAGGCAGCUCUAAAAAGAAUGCCAAAAGAGUAGCAGCAGAAAAGAUGUUGGAAAAACUACAAAGUCGCUCAGGGUCUACUGAGAUUACAUGGAAUCCAAAGCCACAUGUAUAUUUGGAGAGUUUGAGGAACUCAGAUCUAGAGAAGAUUUCGUUACUGAAGAGAAAUCCGCUCAGUAUUCCUAACACGGAUUAUGUACAAAUGAUGCUGGAGUUAUCUCAGGAGCAGGGCUUUGAGGUCACAUAUUUUGACAUAGGUGAACUUACAGUAAAUGGGCAGUACCAGUGUUUGGCCGAGCUGUCCACUGUGCCAGUUACUGUAUGUCAUGGUACAGGAAUCUCCUGCAGUAAUGCACACAAUGAUGCAGCUCAUAAUGCCCUGCAGUACAUUAAGAUUAUGGCCAGCAGCAAAUAAUCACCAGCUAAGCUUUAAGCGAAGCAUCGUUUUGCAACAAAUUUGAUUCAAGUCUAUAUGUAUGCUCUGACCUACUGUGAGAAAUCAAUUAAUUAAUUAAUUUAUAUAUUUAUUUUCUUUCUGAAUGGCGUGUGAUGUCUAGGCAUCAUGGAAUGCUGUCCAGGAGUGGAGUGUGUGUUUGUGAAGGAGCGAGAGAGAGUUCUGAGUGUUGUAUGUAAUUUUCCCUCACCAAAGCCUAAAGCCUGACAUUUUCUUGAACACUUGCUCACAUUUUAGAACCAUAACACUACAUGAACAUCAGCUGGUUUCUUUACAGGCUUUCACAGUCUAUAGAACGUAAACCAGGCUUUAUCUGAUAUAACGAGCUCGGGGGCAAACAUCAGGAAAUGUGGAUAAAGAAAAGAACUAUUUUAUAAAGUGCGCUGAUCCUGAAGGGUUUAUAUUUUUACGUGAAAAUAAAACAUGUAGAAUAUUGUACAAGAAUAUAUAUAUAUUUAAAUCUUUGUUUUAUUUGUAUUUACUUGUAAAUCCUUCGCUCAUUUUUAUUACACAAUUCAGAAUUAAACCUAUUUAUACUUCUUGUUGGCUGUCACACAUCAAAUAAACCAGUUCCCCUUAAUAUUGAAAUGUAAUGAUAUUUAUGUUGACACAUUUAAUAUAAAGCACUCUAGGAGUUGUGUGAAAGUUUGAACUGAAAGCUCCCUGCUGAACUACUGUCUUCACUGACGGUGUAAGGGUGUGUUACAAUUUAUGUGUUUAAUUUAAUUUUGCAUUAAAUAAAAAGCAAGUUACAUUUAAAUUCUAGUCUAAACAGGUGUGUGGCGGUUGGAAUACAGCUUGUAAAAAGAAAGAGGAGUCUUGGAGAAGUGGGUAAUUUAAUGAAUGAAAGUAAAUAUAUGCUUUUAAAAGAAAUACUGUCUCUCUCAGUAAAGGUUAUUCUUCUUCUUCUUAUGUUUAUUUAUUUGUUUGUUUUUGUUAAGCUGAAAGAGCCAGUGGUACAGAGCAGAAAGACUUCAAUUGACCAGGUCUUGCUGCUCUUGUGUGUGUGUGAAAUAUUUAUUUACACUGUGAAGACAGAUCCAUGCUUUCUUUCAAACUUGCCUUCCGAGUCCUCAUUCUCGUCAUAACAGGCAGGGUGUUAAAAUGUUCCUAUUUAAAAACAAAGAGAAAUGACACAAUUCUUAAUUUUAAGAUAUCUAUUUCUAAAGUAAUACCAGUAGAAUAGUACAAAGCAUAGACAAUGAUAAACCACUCGGAUUUUGUUUGUUGUGAAACUGAAAACUGGAAAUACUAGAGAUUUUUUUUUGUUAAUAUUUUGUUUCGCUUGAUUGGCUGAGCAAUUGUUCAACUAAGUGUCAUAUCACACCGCGUAUAUAGUUUAUCUUGUCAAUACUGGAUACAAUGUGUAGUUGGUUGGUUCACACUGGUUUCACAGCCCAUCAGCUGUAUCUUACUGACUCAGCAGAGUCUAUAGAUAGGGAUGAACGGUCUAGAAAUUUUUUGCUUAGUACGCAAAUUAAGCAAACAUUCCCUGAGGGCUUUUUUGAGUGUAUGACAGUAAGAUGGGCCUAAAUAUAAAAUGCUGUUCUAUAGUACCCUCUAUACUGUUCCUUUCUGCCUAGCUUAAUUGCUUCUAGGCAUUGCAGUUUGACAUCAGGAAAAGACAACAUUAUUCGAAUGUUUUUCAUACAAUGUACAUGAUAAUAUUGUGUGUUUGUGUGUGUGUUAUAAAGAAUAAAACUGAGCCACAGUGA